UCGCGAUGGGAAAUAACUUUGUAGAAAUACAUCAAAAAGUUUAAAUUGUGUUAAAACAACUUGUUCGUGUAUAUAACUUGUGGAUUUUCGAAAAAAACUAUACUUAUUCAGGAUUUAUUAGUGCUAGCCUUUGAAAUCCGCCGCUUUAAUUGAUCUACCUACGAAUUCCACGUACGAAACAAUUAACGAUACAAGUUGAUAUAUACAUGUAAUUAGGUCAUAUGUGCGACUCUACGGAGCCGAAAUAAUAAAUAACGUGACUCGAUGAACAUUUUCUUUUCGCAAGUGCUGAAAAUGUUGAAUAAACACUGUACGAUACAUUUGUGAACGCAUGUUAAAUUCUGAAGGGUCCUAAUAUGAUCGGACUUAAAUUUAAGCGAUUUGUGUUCAAUGGAUAACUCGCUCACCUGAGGUGUAUAACUUUAAGGUCAUGGUGUAAUUACUUUGUGUUUGCAAUUAACUUAAGCAUAAAACAGUGUCUACCUGUUGAUUUAAGCAAUUUCAAUGUUCUUUGUGACUGAGUGUGGCCUUAAAAUUAAGAAUUGGCAGAAUAAAAAAAAAACUGUACAUGUAUUUGAGAAACUGUGUAUAUUAUUAGGAGUUGUUGUAAUUAUUUGUUAAUUAUAAUAAUUUCGGUUGCAUUUUAGGGAUUGUCAAUGUUAGAGACAUUGAUUUAAAAGUCAAGAGUGGAUCAGAACUUAAGUACUGUUUACGGUAUAUGACUUAUAGAUAAGAACUUGUGUAGCUUGAAAAAAAAUCAAAGGGGGGCUGAAAUGACAAAUACUUCUAGCUGAUAUUUGAAGACCAAGAGGCGGCAAGGAUAGAAUGUGGACAGUUCACGUUGGCUUGAAUGUUAUGUUGUAUGUUUAAAUCAAGCCGCGCAACGCACGUACGGAAACUCUGGAAGCUACGGGUCCACCAUGAAAGCCGGGGUGAAGAAGAAAAUGCGGACGAUAUCGAGCUUAAAUCGAUCGCCCAUUCGGUGCUGAAACGAUUAAAAGAGAAGCAGCUGGAGAGUUUAGUACAAAGCAUCGAACUACACGGCUCUGAAAACUCCCAAUGUGUCAUGCUUCCUAGGGGCGAAAUAAGGAUCGGGAAAAAAGUUUUGACACCAUUAGUUUUGUGCUGUCGUAUGUGGCGUUGGGACAAUGUUAGUCCAGGGACAGAUUUAAAACGCUUGUCGUGUUGUCGUGGUGGUGACGAUCCGAUAUACGAGUGUUGUAACCCCUAUCACUGGAGCUUACUAACCGAGCCAGAUUGUGAAAUCACUUCUGGCUGGUCAGAUGUUGUCAAGGCCAAGUAUACAGUUGACCUCGACCGGCCUCCAGAUGACCCUGAAGAGGCGGUUUCCAUGGAAACGGGCAUGACACCGACCCCAAGGCAGGAAUUCUCAGGAAGCACAAGUGAAGACAGCAAUGAGGGUCAUCACCAUAGCAACAUGACAAGCGGCGUUGACCCCAGUCUCAACACGGGGCAAAGUUCACAUGGACCGCACUGGUGUACGGUGGCAUAUUGGGAGUUGCGGGAACGAGUUGGGCGCUUACGAACAGUAUUCGAUAAAACUUACAACAUAUUUCAAUCUCUACCUCUUGCUGAUGGUUUGUGUCUGGAUUUACUUCAGAGUGAGCCAGAAUCAGAUUCCAUCAGACGGACACGAGAAAAAAUCGGAUUCGGUGUCGUUCUCAGUAAAGAAGGCGAUGGUGUUUGGAUUUAUAAUCGGUCUCAGUUUCCGAUUUUUGUAAAUUCUCCGACGCUUGAAAACCCGAAGACAAGAACGUUAUACGUGCAUAAAGUUAUGCCUGGAUAUUCGUUAAAGAUAUUCGACUACACUCGAGCACACUUGAUCGUCGAGACUUGUGAUCCAAAAGUUUUGGACGGGCCCUAUGAUCCGAACUCGAUACGUGUUAGUUUCGCAAAAGGCUGGGGACGACAUUAUUCAAGACAAUUUGUUACCUCGUGUCCCUGUUGGCUAGAAAUUAUGUUGAAUAUCACAGAGGGUAGAUGAUACUUACCUUAUAUUGUAUAAAAAAAUCAAUAAUGCCUGAUGACGCCAUAUAAUUUUUAGUGUCGAUUGAAAGGUACAAUAAUUGACUGGUUGCCAGUCGUCAAUCAAGCAAUUAGUUGACCAGUGAUAUGAUUAUAUUUUGUUUAUAAAUAAUAGCACAUGGUUGCAUUAUCCAAUUUCUCGACAAGUUACAAUAAUUGCUUUGGCGACAGCUUGCUGACUUCUUUAAUAAAUAACCUGAAAUGUAUUAUUUAUGCAUAAAGUUUGUGUAUUAUAAUCUCUUUAUUUUAACUGAAAUCUGAUGUUAAUGACCUAAUUUGAAAACCUUUGAAAGCCAAAAAAUUCUUUGUUGAAUUAUUUUAGGUAUAAUUUUAGUAUUAAUAAAUAUUUUUCUGAACACUAAACCUUUUCAAUUUAUUCUAAAAUAAUAUGGAGUCACCAGGCAUUGGAAAUUAACAUAUUUGUGUAUUGGAUAUUUGAAAUUAGUUUUCAUCCAUUGAUGCCAGAAGGGCUUAUCAGCAUUGCAAAGGGUGAAAGCGAAAACAUUCUAUUUUCUUCUGGUAUCUCGAGGCAUUCAGAACUUUUUACCUCUUACCCCUUGAAAGAGACUGUUUUCAUUGCUAUCUGUUUUACAUGGAAAUAAGUUUUGGGAAUAAAAGCGUGUUUUUUUUCUCAUUUUUUUGGGGGGAAAACUGCAUGAUUUCAAAGACAAUUUCUGAUGUGAAGAUGCAUGGGAACUGAUACACCACCCACUGAGGAAAAAAUCAUAGUCAAAGAGAAAUUUGGUAAUAGACCGUAGCAUGUGUUCCCUGUAAUAUUGCAUUAACUACGUAAGUUUACAGAAGCAGUUAUUUCAUUCUUGUCAGCGAUCCUUGAUUUGUUUUGUUGGGAAGCAUUACCGUAUUUGCCCUGAUUUAAGGCACAUGUCAUGAACAAGUUAAUAUAAACUCCGGCUUAUAAUAGAGAGUGAAAAACGUUGUUAAAGGGAUGCUUUAACUUUUUAUGUAUUGUUUUUUGUUCUAUAAUUAGGGAUUAAAAAGGACCGGGUGCUCAGAGAGCCCCCCCCCCCCCCAAAAAAAAAAAUCGUCCAAGUUUACUUUUUUAAAAUUUUAUUUCAAUAUUGGAUAGAAAAAAAAGUAAUAAAAUAUGCGAAUGCACUAUUUUGGAAAUUGUUAACACGAAAUAUUAUUUUUUUUUAUUUGUAUAAGCAGUUACAAAUUAAGUUUUGGAAAUGAUUACAUAUUACAUCUAAUGUCAUUGUGUACGAUUUGAGUUUUCCUGUAACUAUUCAUGCUUAUAAAAAAGGGUUAUUUAGUGUUUGUUUUUUUACGGUUUAUUAAGGAUGUUUUCAGGAGUUAACGAGAUUUAUCAUAAUAAAUGUUCCAAUACAGUGUGCAUAAAACACGUGAUAAAUUGCAUCAUAAAUGCUUCGUUGGACAGCUAUAUCUUUUAAAUGACCGUUGGAAGGCUAUAUCUUUUAAAUGACCGUUGGAAGGCUAUAUCUUUUGAAUGACCGUUGGAAGGCUAUAUCUUUUGAAUGACCGUUGGAAAGCUAUAUCUUUUGAAUGACCGUUGGAAGGCUAUAUCUUUUGAAUGACCGUUGGAAGGCUAUAUCUUUUGAAUGACCGUUGGAAGGCUAUAUCUUUUGAAUGACCGUUGGAAGACUAUAUCUUUUGAAUGACCGUUGGAAGGCUAUAUCUUUUGAAUGACCGUUGGAAGACUAUAUCUUUUAAAUGACCGUUGGAAGGCUAUAUCUUUUAAAUGACCGUUGGAAGGCUAUAUCUUUUAAAUGACCGUUGGAAGGCUAUAUCUUUUAAAUGACCGUUGGAAGGCUAUGUCUUUUGAAUGACCGAAGGUGGGGCUCUGUAAGGGGCAUAGACUGGGCCUUGUUUCAAGUAAUAUGGUAAAGAAAUAGUAUAGUUAACUUUGUAUGAAGUCUUCAUUAGAGGCAAAAUAAUGUCUUCUGAUGCAGCAUUUAUGACAUAAUUUAUCACAUGGUAUACACAUAGCAAUAGAUUAUGCAGUUUAUUGUAAAUUGUCUAACAAGUGCCAUUAUAUUUUUUAUUCAGCCAUUUUUAAUUGUACAUACUGUUGAUUUUGUUUGAUGGAAUCCUCAUGCAUUCUAUCAUUUUAGGAAAAAGCGUAUGGUCAUGCAUUCAUUUUAUUGAAAUUUAAAUAUUUGAACUUUUUUGUGUUGCCAAGGUAGCAGGUAUUUUAAAUUGUAUAAAUUUUUAUGUCAACAUGUUUUAUAUUCACCGGUAUGAUAUAUUUAGUUUAAAAAUAUGUUGAAUCAAACAUCAGUUGAGAAAAAAUAAUCUUCAUAGUUUUACCCUGGUAAAGCUGCCCUCUCACAGAUUGAACGUUUUGACAACUUUUUUAUUUUUUGAAUAUAGAACGAGACAUUUUUUGCGAAAAUGCAUGGAAACUAGUUAUAUAAGACUGGUGACAAAAAAUAAAAUCACAGAUUUUCAUAUUUAAGUUUAUAAAUCGAUGUUUUAUGCAUUAAUUUUCAAACGGAAAUAUGAAAAUCUGUGAUCUGAUCUUUUGUCAGCAAUUUUUUGUCAUUCUUGACAUUGGUUUGCAGAUAUUUACGCAAAAAUUUGCUCUUUCCAAGACAAAAAAUAAAAAUGUUUUAAAAACAGUAUAUCUGUGAGAGUGCAGCUUUAAAGGCAAGAUAUGUCUAAAAUAACUGUGAAACAUUUAUAAUUAUGUGUUGGCUUGUUCUGAUCUCUUAAGAUUUAUACUUCUAUUCACCUUUUGAAAUUAUAUUUAAAUUUCAUUUUUUUUAUAAACAUUUGAAGCCUCUUUAAGAUCUGCUGUUUUAGAUGUUUACUAUUUGUUAAAAAAUAUAUAUUCAAGAAUGCAAUUAAAUUUCUGUUAGCAAAAAAAGAGGUUGAAGAGAAAAUAACAUUGCUAUGAAUUGCUUUUUGUUGCAAAGGUGAAAAAAAUCUCUGAAAGUGAAUAUAUUAUCAGUGUUUCUUUUCGACUGAAAUUUAAACCCAUGUGCGACCCCAAAAAGUAACCGUUUUCUUUUCUUUUUUCAACUCUUAAAGGGACUUGACACCAAAUGAUACAAUUUCAAGAAUAGAAAAAAAGUGUCAUAAAAACUUAUAUAAAAUUGACAUCAUUGGGUGCAAUCUUUCCAACUGAUGUAUCACAUCACCUACUACACAUCUUUCACAGUUUUUGCUUAGUGUUCAAAUUCAAAAUUUAUUUAGGUUUUCUACCACGUAAAUAUCAGUAAAUUUUAAAAAAGCGUCAUUAUAAUUAUGUAUCUGUACUAAUCACGCAACUUUCACAUGCUAAAUUUACACACUAUAAACUGGGAAACUAUUAUUCUCUAUUUUUAAACGGGUAAACUCAGCGGAGAUAGCAACAAAAUAUUAUUUUAAGCAUGUAAAUCAAUGAUGUAUUAUCGGCCUCAUACCAGCUUGUAUUGACAAUUCUAAUCUUGUUUUAGGAAAUACUGUAUUUACUGAUUUUUGGACCAUUUGGUGUCUAGUCCCUUAAAAUAGGGCUUUUUUUAGUUUGAAAUAUACUAAGGUAAAAUAAAAAAUGUUGGCAUUAUUUUCGCUGCUUUCUCAAUUUUUAAAGGCACUGGCCCGCUUCACAAAGCAUGAAAACCCCCCCAGAUACAGCCAAGCUAAGAGUUGAUGCUGUAAACAGGAACGUUAAAAUACCUCAAUAUUACUCGACAUGACAUUUUUUAAUGCAGGAAAUUAUUUAUUAAAAUUGUAUUAUCUUGGAACUUGUUUUUAUAUAUGUCUUAUUUUUUUCUAUCAUUAUAUUCAGUUUUGACAUCUCAUUAUUAUGUAAUAAAAUUAUCAUGUGCCUUAUGUUAAAUUCUAAAAUAUUGUCGUAAGUGGGUAAAGGGAAGUUACUCCAUAUUCAUUCAUAAACAGUUCUUCAUGAGUGGUCUCCCUUGAACAAAUUUCUUAAUAACAUGUAAAGGUUGCGGUUGUGAAUAUUGUUAAAUGUUUAUUUGAAAUUACAAGUAUACUAUGUUGAAGUGGAUUUUAUAGAUAGUUAUAAUUACAAAAUUAAUGUCCUAAACUAUUGAUUUUAAUCCACGAGUGUUAAACAGUUAUUGAUUUACCUUAUGAAGUUUCUUUAUAAUGUGCCUUUUAGCAGAUAAAUUUUAACUAUGGGUAAUUAAAGAUCAAGCUUUAAAGUUUGUGUUAAAAUUUUAACAUUGUUUUUGAUAAAAUUUGGUGAUUGUUACAUUUAUCAUCAUCAUCAUCAUCAUCAUCAUCAUCAUCAUCAUCAUCAUCAAGUCGCUGUCAUAAUCAUUAUCACCAUCAUCAUGUCGCUGUCAUAAUCAUCAUCACCAUCAUCAUCAGCAUCAUCAUGGCGCUGUCAUGGUCAUCAUUAUAUUCAUCAUUAUUAUCACUGUUGUCGCUGUGAUCAUCAUCGUCACUGUCAUCACCUUUAUUAUCAUUAUUAUCAUCAUCAUCAUCAUCAUCAUCAUCAUCAACCUGAUUGCACCACCAAAGCCUUUUUGGUGAAUACUUUAUAUUUCAUUUUGUGAAACUAUGAUAAACAUUAAAAUGUUGAUAAUAAAAAUGGAGAAUGUA